AUUCGCAUUCAGUAACAACAAAGAGAGUUUUACGACAGCGCCGCAAAAAGAUUUUCCUUUCAAGUCAAAUAUUCAUAAUUCAAUCAAUUUGUGAUUACUAAAGUGUACGACCAUUGUGUCUAGAACUCUAUUAUCAGGCGAUAUACUAACGCAUUAACUCAUCAAAGGCCAACGUUCGUCUUCUAUACCAGUGUGUAUAAAGGCACAGAGGCGGUUGCGAAUCAGAUCAGAUCGAGCAGUCGUUUGAAGAAAUUGUCAAAAUCUAAAUUCAAUCAAAAACAGAAAAAAAUUAACGCAGAGACACGCCAUAGAAAGAGUGCAAGAAAUCCUGAUUUUCGCCACAAAUAAUACAAAAUAACAAAGGAAGACAAAAUGAUGAAAUUAUUAGCCGCAGUUUUGUUGCUGGCCGUAGCGGUCAACGCACAGAUGACAUGUCGUUUGGAGCAGCCACGCAUUCCCGUCGAGUGGAUAGGUCUCAAUGACAAGAGCGGACAAUGUUUGGAGGAGAUGCGCAAGCAAAUCCAAAUGGAGAUCAAUGCCUCCAACAUCUACUUGGCCAUGGCUGCACACUUCUCACGCGACGUCGUCAAUCGUCCCGGUUUCGCUGAGCACUUCUUCAAGUCGGCACGCGAGGAACGUCAGCAUGGCUCGAAACUCAUUGAAUACCUGUCGAUGCGCGGUCAGUUAACAGACAGCGUCACCGAUUUGAUUCAACUCAUUGAUGUUGACGUUAAGGUUGACAGCGGUGUUGACGCUCUCCGUCAAGCGCUUGAAUUGGAAACCAAGGUCACCAAGAGCAUUCGCUCAUUGAUCAAGGUCUGCGAGAAGACACCCAACUGGUAUCACUUGGUCGACUGGCUAACUGGUGAAUUCUUGGAGGAACAACUCACCGGUCAACGCGAUUUGGCUGGCAAAUUGAGCACACUCACCAAGAUGAUGGAAACCCAAGGCGCUUUGGGCGAAUUCUUGUUCGACAAGCAAUUGUAAAUUAUCUCCUACAACAACUACAACAAUUCUGCAAGCAGUCAGUUGGUCAUCAACAUUCAACAUUUAGACCAAACUCAACACCAACAGACGGACGGCAUGUGCUGUACGAAAGGGGAGCAGUGCUUACCUCUUAUACUUAUACCAACUAAAUAAAUAAGUGAUGAAAUUAUGUAUGAAUUGAAAUUAUGAAAAAAAUAAUAGUAUUCUUUUUGCAUUAUUGUGUUCUAAUAUAUUAGUGUAUUAAAAAAAUCGGAAAUGAAUUUCAAACUUUAAUUUUCACUUUUUUUUCUAAAUUUUAUUCUCUAUAAACUUUUCCUCUAAAAAGUCAAUUAUAUAACUACGUAAUUGGUAUUGAAAACACAAAUAAAUUUCUAAAAUACUCCGCACAGAAAUACAGUAA